UGGGAGGGCCCCGCCCCUCCCGGUGGCGGAGCGGCUGCCAGCGCCAGGAGGGCCCGGCCCCGGGAUGCCACACGCAACCCAACUGUACCAGCAUGUGCCAGAAAAGCGCUGGCCCAUCGUGUACUCGCCCCGCUACAACAUCACCUUUAUGGGCCUGGAGAAGCUGCACCCCUUUGAUGCGGGGAAAUGGGGAAAGGUGAUCAACUUCCUAAAAGAAGAGAAGCUGUUGUCGGAUGGCAUGCUGGUGGAAGCGCGGGAGGCCUCGGAGGAGGACCUGCUGGUGGUGCACACGAGGCGCUAUCUCAACGAGUUGAAGUGGUCCUUCGUGGUAGCCACCAUCACGGAGAUCCCCCCUGUCGUCUUUCUCCCCAACUUCCUAGUGCAGAGGAAAGUGCUGAGGCCCCUGCGGACCCAGACUGGAGGCACCAUCAUGGCAGGGAAGCUGGCUGUGGAGCGAGGCUGGGCCAUCAACGUGGGUGGCGGCUUUCACCACUGCUCCAGUGACCGCGGAGGGGGCUUCUGUGCCUAUGCGGACAUCACGCUGGCUAUUAAGUUCCUAUUCGAGCGAGUGGAGGGCAUCUGCAAAGCCACCAUCAUUGACCUGGAUGCCCAUCAGGGCAAUGGGCACGAGCGAGACUUCAUGGGUGACAAGCGUGUGUACAUAAUGGAUGUCUACAACCGCCACAUCUACCCUGGAGACCGCUUUGCCAAAGAAGCCAUCAGGCGGAAGGUGGAGCUGGAGUGGGGCACGGAGGAUGAGGAAUACCUGAGCAAGGUGAAGAGGAACGUCACAAGGGCUCUCCAGGAGCACCUGCCUGACGUAGUGGUUUACAACGCGGGCACUGACGUCCUUGAGGGGGACCGCCUUGGGGGGCUGUCGAUCAGCCCAAUGGGCAUCGUGAAGCGGGAUGAGCUGGUGUUCCGAAUCGUCCGUGGCCACCAGAUACCCAUCCUCAUGGUGACCUCCGGCGGGUACCAGAAGCGCACAGCUCGAAUCAUCGCUGACUCUAUCCUUAACCUGCAUGAACUGGGGCUCAUUGGGCCUGAGUCUCCCAGUGUCUCGGCGCAGAACUCUGACACACCUCUGCUUCCCUCAGCGGUGCCCUGACCACUGCCUAAGUUUGUCUCCGUGCCUGCCUUCUGCCCCGCCCACCCGCCCGCCCUUAGUGUUUAUUGCUGGGAAGGCAGCCGCCAGUGAGCUCAGAGGGGCAGAAUGAGUAGGGCCGGCCUCUUUGGCCCUCUUCCAACUCCACCAGGUGCCCAAGGGUCUCUAGGCCUUGGGUGAAAGGUAGAGCAGAGUCCCAGGGGAGACCACGCAUGGGGGAGAAGGCAAGUCAUCAAGAGUGGGGGAGGACAGCUUCAGUCCUGGGGCCUCAGGGAAGGACUUCUCAGAUGAGGGUGGCCUGGUGUGUCCAGGUCAGCACUUGUCCCUGAUGGGGUUAGUUCUGUCUCGCCCAGGGCCUGCUGCUCCUGGGCAUGGUGGCCCUAGAUCUGAGGAGAGCUGCUGGAACCCAGAGGGUUUCUGGGUUCCCACCCAGCAGGCAAGAGCCCCAGAUCUGGAUGUGGGGGGGGGGUCUAGGGAAAGGUUACCCUCAAUAAAGCAAGGUCCAUACCUGCUUUCACCUAUAGUGAAGGGCGGGGCUAAGGACGCUCAAGACACCCCUUUAACAAUAGUCUCCUCUUUUCCACAUGGGAGCAAGUUUGGGGAGCAUUUUUAACCCAGUAAUGGGCCUCAGUCCUAGAGCUUUGAGGAGGCUGCUGGCCCAGGUGGAGAAGGGUGGAGGAAGGUAAGGCUCAGUAGGUCAGGGUGAGGUCCAGUGGCGAGGUCCAGUGGCUUAAGCUAGGAGAAGGAACCAGGGAACAGGUCCUGGCUGGGGCUUCCUGGAGAGAGAGCACCAAAGGGUCUUUUCUCCUGGCCUGAGGUCAUGAGGGCAGUUCUGGGCAGGCCCUGCAUGGGCUUCAGUCUCCACUAGCCUUACCCAGAACACUAUUUUCAUCUCUCCCUGCCCCCAGUCCCAAGGAAUUCCUGCCCUCUGGCCUGCUCAGAAGAGGAUGGUCAGGGCCUUGCAGGAAGCUGGGCAGGGAGUGUCCGCUCCUUCUAGCCAGCGAUUACCACCUUGAUCAAAGGCAGAGAGGAUGGAGGGAAGUGAGCCAGAAGUGGGCUGUCCCCUGGCUGGAUCAGCCUCAGCUACAGGACUCAUGUUUAUUACCAUCUGGGGAAUUCCCAUGGGCUUCCAGGGUCCCUCCCACUCCCUCUGCUGGGGGCAUGGUCUCCAGGUCACAAAUUGUGUAAAUCAUUGACCUUUCAGACUAGACCCUGAGUCACUAACAAUAUACUUCAACACCCCCCAACCCCAUUGUGGUCUCUCUGUAUCUGACUUGAGGUACUUCCAGGGACAUCUGGGGGCUGGUGAUAGGCACAGUUUGUCAUUGUGGGGUUUUUGUCAGAGUCAUCCGGGUUCUACUUGGACUGGCUGCUGGGUGUUACUGAGGUGGACAGUCCUGCCUCCCAAGGACCUUGGAAAUAAAGAUGCAGGAUUCACUGAGA